AGAGAGAGAGGUAGAAAGAGAGCGCGAGAAUUAAAGCAAGAAGAUAAAUACGAAAAAAAAGUAAAAAGCCAGAGAAAAAAGAGAAAGAAAGAGAGGAGCCAGGCACAAUAAAAUCAUAUGAAAAUAAUAGAAUAAUAAGCAAAAAAUAAAGAAAAGAAAAGCAAAGCAAAGAAGACAGUUCUUAAGUGGGUUAAAAUACAUAGAGAAACAAAAACAACAACAACAAAUUAGUGUGACUGCAAACCAAGUGGAACCGAGAAUUAAACCAAAACCAAAACCAUCCCCAAAACCAACCGCAAAAGAGAGUUCUUAGAGCGCAGAGAGAUCCGUACAACACACCUCCAAGAACCAUGGAAUUCUACGAUGGCGACCUCAAAGAUAUAUGGGACUCCGACUUAGAUCCGGAAUCCUUGAAAAUUAGCCCCGAUCACGAUAUGCACGACUGGCUGUUCGAUCGCGACGUCAAGGAUGAUACCGUCAUACUCCACGACAAGCUCAUCUCGGAUGCCCUGCUCAAUGGCACACAGCCGAUCAAGACGGAGCACUCCUACAGUCUCAACAGCGACGUUGAUUCCCUGCCCGAUUCACCAAAAAGCCUUCAGGCUAAAAUCGAGGACAUGGACGACGAGUGCUAUCCCGCCAUUUCAUUGAAGACGGCCACCAGCGGGCGUGCGACCAUCGACCCCAAGUGCCUCACCCUCCACGUCCCGCCCACACAUGCCACGCCCAGCAGCCUAAGCCGACUGAGCAGCAAUCCCGCCCUGAACGCCUCCGUUUCCGUCGCAGAGUUGACGCGAUCCGGACUACAGAGCCUGCAGGCGCAACAGCCGCACGGACAUGGCUCCAGUUCCGGCCACGUGGUGGUGGCCUCCCUGGAGCACUUUCAACUACCUCAGCAUCUGUAUCACAAUGACUGCAGCUCAUCGGUGUCGUCGGUGCGGGACGGCAGCAUGUCGCCGGAUAUCUGCUCGGACAUUGAGAUCGACGAGUCGGCCAUCAAGGAUGAGCCCAUGUCGCCGGACUCUAGCUGCCCCGCCAGUCCCACAUCGCAAGCGAGCAGCUCGCAGCAUCAGCACCAGCUCAGCCUUAAUUUGGCCCACCUGCAGACGGAAAUGCUAUUCGAGCAGAAGCAUGGUGACCUCCUGCUAACAGCCAGCAGCAGCAGCAGCAGCAACAACAGCAACAGCCUCAUCAAGUCCCAGCAGCGGCAGCAGCAGCAUCUCCUUGGCCAGGGUGAUCUCCUGAUGACCAAAAUGGAGAUCAAGAGCGAGAAACAAAACGCUGGCAACAAUAGCAGCAGCAGCAGCAGCAGCAGCAGUGCCAGCAGCAGCUCGGGGAAGUCCCAUGGCCAUGGCUAUGGUAUCCCAUUGACGCCACCCUCCUCCCUGCCCAGCGAUGACUCCGAAGGUAACUUGACACCGGAACACUUGUUUUCGCCACUGUCGCCCAACGCUUCCGUUUCUAUAUCCGUGGCCAAUGCAGCCGGCGGCGAGUCAUCUGUCCGAGUCAGCCGCAAUGCUGCCGGCAUCACGCGCUCCGCCAGCGCAUCCGGAUCCGGAUCCAGCUCCAGCUCUAGCACAACAACGACAACGACACGGCAACCGAUCCAUACGCCGUUGAUAAGCUCACAGCCGAAGGGCUCCACGGGUACACUAUUGCUGACGGAGGAGGAGAAACGCACUUUGCUGGCCGAAGGCUAUCCAAUACCACAGAAGCUUCCACUUACCAAAGCCGAGGAGAAAUCUCUGAAGAAAAUUCGGCGUAAAAUCAAAAAUAAAAUCUCUGCUCAGGAAAGCCGGCGCAAGAAGAAGGAGUAUAUGGACCAGCUGGAGAGGCGUGUCGAGAUCCUGGUCACCGAAAACCAUGACUACAAGAAGCGUCUCGAGGGGCUGGAGGAGACCAAUGCCAAUCUACUUAGUCAGCUGCACAAACUGCAGGCCCUAGUUAGCAAGCACAAUGUGAAAAAGUCCUAAGGCCCCAAUGAUUCUGGUUUCCGGAACUUGAGGUUCAACUUUGCCCAACCCCCGCCUUUCCGAGAUAUUUGUAGAUUUUAAUAUCAGUUUUUCGUUCGAUUUGAGAGAUCAGUCCUGGAGUUCCACGAGUGUGUGGGGGAGUCUUUUGUUUUUUUUAUUGUAUGUAUGUUUAUGGAAGAAUUUAUUCAACGACCACACGAUGGUGUGGAAUUUUUUAAA